AUGGCUUUGAUCACAACGUCAUCUACAAAGCCUAAAUUUUUCAUCUUUUCACCUCUUUGUCUUGGAAAAAAGUCUCAGAACAAUACUAAAGCACUAAAUUUAAGCCAUUCUAAUUUAAAAAGCAAGAAAAUAUACACCAGUUCUGUACCUUGUGUUCAUAGUUCUAACAAAAGGAAGUUGUUCGCAAUUGUCAAUGCAGCUUCAGUAGAAGCAACAGAGCCAGAGCCAGAGCCAGAGCCAGAGCCAGAGUCAGAAGUGAGAAGUUGGGGGAGAAUUUUGUUAUCAGAUGUGGUGGUAAAGAGGAAAAGAAGAGUCUUUUUUGGGAGGAAUUGGAACUCAUUAGAUAUAAGCACUGCUGGUGUUGUUUUGGCAAUGCAUUUGCUGAGUGUUUUUGCACCAUUUCAUUUUACUUGGAGUGCUUUUUGGGUUGCUUUUGGACUCUAUGUUGUCACUGGACUUCUGGGUAUCACUCUUUCAUUUCAUAGGAAUCUUUCUCAUAGAAGUUUUAAGUUACCCAAAUGGCUCGAGUACCUGUUUGCUUAUUGUGGAGUUCAAGCCCUUCAGGGGAACCCAAUUGAUUGGGUGAGCACACAUAGGUAUCAUCACCAGUUUUGUGAUUCAGAAAGAGAUCCUCACAGCCCCCUUGAAGGGUUUUGGUUUAGUCACAUGAGUUGGCUGGUUGAUACCAAUUCUGUGAUGGAAAGAUGUGGAGGACCAAGCAAUGUUGGGGACUUAGAGAAGCAGCCUUUCUACAGAUUUCUGAGAAGCUCAUAUAUUCUUCAUCCAAUUGCAGUUGGAGUUUUGCUAUAUGCAUUGGGAGGCUUUCCCUUCAUUGUGUGGGGAAUGGGUGUGAGGAUUGUGUGGGUGUACCACAUCACUUGGUUUGUGAACUCAGCUUGCCAUGUAUGGGGAAAGCAAGCAUGGAACACUGGAGAUUUGUCCAGGAACAACUGGUGGGUGGCGUUGCUUGCAUUUGGAGAAGGCUGGCACAACAACCACCAUGCGUUUGAGUUUUCAGCUCGACAUGGCCUGGAAUGGUGGCAAGUGGAUAUGACUUGGUAUGCGGUGAGAUUUCUGCAAGCCAUUGGUUUGGCGACUGAUGUGAAGUUGCCGAGUGAGCUUCAGAAGCAAAGGAUGGCUUUCAAAAAUUGAAGCUAUAUAUUAUUAUAUGUUGUUGCCAUUGCCAUUUGUAGCAGCCAGAUUCUAACAGGUGCUUGUUCAGCUUCGAAAAGAGAUUCUUGGUUAGGCGAAGUGAAUGAUCCUUUUUUGAUUUUAACAUUAGAUGCAUCAUUUUACUUUGGAAGCUCAAAAAAAUUGUCACAUGUAAGAUUGUAAUGUAAUGUUGCAUACGGUAAUGUGAGAUGCACAACAGAUGUUGGAGUUGUCGACCACUUCAACAAU